ACGGUGGACGGUGGAACAACAAGCCUAAAUGUCAGACGGAGAUAAGAAUGGCCAAGACAAUCAUGAAGUCGAGGUGUGGCCAGAGCUGGAGAGAGCCGAGUGUUUGGCUCGGGGUGCUGCGCUUAAAUGGGCCUCAGGUGUCUUUUGUCGUCCAGAGCAUCUGGAGAGACUUGGACAAUACAGGAAAAGGGAGAGUCAACGAACUGAGUCAAUUCAUUCAAGGUUAAAGUCAGUUGUGCAGUCCUACCUGGAAAGUGUCGACUGGGGUCUUGGUCAAUUGCGAGAGGCACGAGCUGAGCUGAGAGAAAUAUCUCAUGACUUGCACAAGGCUAACCUGGAGUCCAGGAAAAAUUCUGAAGAAGUGACUGCACUGGAGACACUUCGGGAGAUUUCUGUCACUCACCGCCAGCUCCUUGCUGCAGUUAGCAACCUACCACGCCUCUAUAAAGUGCGGAGUAUGGUGCUAGAGACAGAGAGACUAGUGGAGUCCCGGAGAUUAUUGGAAGCUCAUGCCCGACUAAUGGAACUAGAACGCUGGCAGGAUGAGGUAUUGCUACAGCUCCAGGGACCCAGGGGAUCGUCUGGGAUGGGGUUAAUCUCUGAGGAUGAAGAGUUAGUGCGGAAUUAUUUCUCAGGUGUUGGAUGCUUGGUGGAUGCCCUUGCCAAGGAGCUCUGGGCAGUGGUGGGGAGUGGUUUGUCACUUGCCUGUCAGAACCCCACACUUUUUGUGUCAGCUGUACGGAUAGUGGAGCGUGAAGAAGCACUAGAUCAGAUGUUUCUGGAGGAGCGGAGGUCAACAUUGGGACAGAACACACCCAUGCCCCCUGGGAGACCACGUUGCUGGAGGGACCUCUUCUUCAAGGUGAUGGAGGAGGCAGUGUCAGCACGUUUCCGUAGCGCGUCGUACUUGCACACUCGCGGACCAGGGCUUGCAAGUCACUUGUCUGCGCUACAGCACUGCAUUAUGGGAGACCUUUCAACAGUGCGACAUUUUCUGGAACAAUGUGUUCCACCUCACUAUCAUUUAACAAGAGCUUACCUGCACUUCUGCCACCAGUUCUUGCAGAACCAUCUUGGACUGGUUAGUGGAUGGGAGCUAGAGGGUGGGGAAAUCUUCGCUGUUCUUAACUGGGUUCUGCAUAUAUACAGCAGCUCAGAGAUGAUGGGUGAGCCAGCCCUUGUAACUGAGCUAGACAUUGAGGACCUGGGACCUCUUAUAUCUCAGGAAGGUCUCGAGCAGCUGCAGAACAAAUAUGUCCAAAAAGUUCGGAAGAGUGUCUCAGAGUGGAUGCACAAGGCUCUAGAGGUGGAGCUGACAGACUGGCAGAGGGAUCAGGAACCAGAUAUUGACCAUGAAGGCUGCUAUCACACCAGCCUUCCAACCAUGAUCACUCAGAUGCUAGAAGAAAAUGCACGGGUGGCUUUGAUGAUAAGUGAAGCUCUGCGGGACCAGACAAUCCAAAUGGGUCUUUAUGAGAUGGAAAACCUCCUCAGCCGAUUUCGAGAUGCAAUCAUAGAAUUUGGGAAGGAGCAUCGCAGGGAUUCAACCAUAAACAGUAACAAGUUCUACCUCCAUUAUCUCCUGGCCUGCAUCAACAACUGCAUCAUCCUCAAAACCUCCACAGAAAGCCUGCAGCAGCAGUUGUGCUCCUUCCCUUCAAACCGGUAUUCUCGCAUUUCACUUGGACCUCUGGCUGCCCUGGACCGUGCUGUGAGAAAGGCAUGCCGCUUAGUCAUGGACCAUCUCUUGUUUGAGUUGCAGCCUCAUCUGCAGGAGCUCCUGUCUCGUACCUGGCUGGACCAGGGAGAAGUAACCCCAAAUAUGUGUGGGGUUUUAGAACGUCACUGUGAACUUUACAACAGGGUGCGGCAUCCUUGUCGCCAGAGGCUAAAGGAGGAAUGUCAAUGGCUAACUGUUGUUGAGUAUGUCCGUACACUGAUGCAGAAGAGAGUGGUCUGCAGAAAUAAUGAUGAGCGAAACCAAUUUGCCCAGCGAAUGAAACAGGAUGCUCAGCAGCUGAAGGACCACCUUCAAAGCAUGGAGAUCGAUGGGACCAUAGGUGAGGUGAAUCCCACAGCUUUGAUACUUGCACUGGCUGACAUAAUCAAUUUGAAAGACCCAAACAUGCUAAUACUGGAGAUUUCCGGAUUGUUAACCAAGUACCCUGAUAUAAGUGAGGAGCAUGUCUCUGUCCUGUUGGAUGUAAGAGGGGAUGUACCCAAAGACGUGCGGAAGUCAGUACUAGAUUUUCUGGAGCAGAGUGCCCCACCUUUACCACAAGGAUACCGCCCUAUGUUCACAGAAAUCCUUGUGCCCUCUUCCAGCAUACAAUUUUGUCUGCCUACUGCAAAAUGUACUUGAGAAGCACUCAGAGAAAUAACCCUACUGAAUUGGAUC